AACGCGGGCGGGAUCCACGUAGGGCUGCUCCCACGGGGGUCUCCGCAAGAUCGCGCGCAGGCGUGGGGACCGCGGCCGGGUGGGUCCCCACGCACUCUGCCCCGACCGACCCGCGCCCCCCUGCGCGUCACCGCCAGCCCUGCCUCCGCGCGCCUCCUCCUGCUCCACCUCCCCGGCGCGGCGCGGUCCGGCUGGGGGCCGGAGGAGCUUGGGCGGGAGGAGCACUCCGUAGGCCCGGGAGCUCGGCGGGCCCUCGGCGCGGGGGAGCCACGGCGCUGCGCUGCGAGCGUGGCUCGGAGAAGAGGGCGUGGAGGUCAUUCCUGGUGCUCUUAGAAGAGUCUCUACCAUGGAAUCCAUCUCUAUGAUGGGAAGCCCUAAGAGCCUGGAGACGUUUUUGCCUAAUGGCAUAAAUGGUAUCAAAGAUGCAAGGCAGGUCACCGUGGGGGUGAUAGGAAGUGGGGAUUUUGCCAAGUCUCUGACCAUUCGGCUUAUUAGAUGUGGCUACCACGUGGUCAUAGGAAGCAGAAAUCCCAAGUUUGCAUCAGAAUUUUUUCCUCACGUGGUAGACGUCACCCACCAUGAAGAUGCUUUAACAAAAACAAAUAUAAUAUUCGUGGCUAUCCAUAGAGAACAUUACACCUCCUUGUGGGACCUGAGACAUCUGCUUGUGGGCAAAAUCCUCAUUGAUGUGAGCAACAACAUGAGAGUAAACCAGUACCCAGAAUCCAAUGCAGAGUACCUGGCUUCGUUAUUCCCGGAUUCCUUGAUUGUCAAAGGGUUUAAUGUGAUCUCAGCUUGGGCACUUCAGCUAGGUCCCAAGGAUGCCAGCCGCCAGGUUUAUAUAUGCAGCAACAAUAUCCAAGCUCGACAACAGGUUAUUGAGCUCGCCCGUCAGCUGAAUUUUAUUCCCGUUGACUUGGGAUCUUUGUCGUCAGCCAAGGAGAUUGAAAACUUGCCUCUGCGACUGUUUACUCUCUGGAGGGGGCCAGUGGUAGUAGCCAUAAGCUUGGCCACAUUUUUCUUUCUUUAUUCCUUUGUCAGAGAUGUGAUACAUCCAUAUGCCAGAAACCAGCAGAGUGACUUUUACAAGAUUCCCAUUGAGAUUGUGAACAAAACCUUGCCGAUCGUCGCCAUCACCCUGCUGUCUCUGGUGUACCUGGCUGGCCUCCUGGCAGCUGCGUAUCAGCUUUAUUCUGGCACUAAGUACCGCCGAUUUCCCGCGUGGCUGGAUACCUGGCUGCAGUGCAGGAAACAGUUGGGAUUGCUGAGCUUCUUCUUUGCAGUUGUCCACGUUGCCUACAGCCUCUGCUUACCAAUGAGGAGGUCGGAAAGAUACCUGUUCCUCAACAUGGCUUAUCAGCAGGUUCAUGCCAAUAUUGAGAAUGCUUGGAACGAGGAGGAGGUUUGGAGGAUCGAGAUGUACAUCUCCUUUGGCAUCAUGAGCCUGGGCUUACUGUCCCUGCUGGCGGUCACUUCCAUCCCGUCAGUGAGCAACGCCUUGAACUGGAGAGAGUUCAGUUUCAUCCAGUGGCCCAGAGCUGCCCCGUCCUCCUAGGGAGGAGUUGCUAGGGUGCUGCCAUCACCGGUGUCACACUGCUUCAUGUGGAAGGGUCCCAUUCACACAGCAGAGCAGGAGAAAUGGACUCUGCGUGGAUCUGCAUGAAGAUGCUUGAGUGUGUAUCCUGACAAGGUUACCAGAAGAGGAUUCUCAGUGAAAACUGAGUUACAGGCAAACAAUAAAUAGCCUUUUGCCAUAUGUAUUUUAAGAAUGGGACACGUAUCACGUGGCCUUUUUAUUUUUCUAAUAUGGCAUCCCGAAAGAAGGGUAAACCCUGACUGAGGAGACACGACAUAAAAUUGCACUAGGAAAUCUACCCUCCAUUUGUUUCCUCUAGAUGGAAUGUUCCAAAAUGCAAUUCAGCAGACCUUCAUGGCAAUAUCCUAUAAAUCUUACCAAUUAACUUUACCUGUUCAAAGCCAGGUUUAGCAACAUCUACGUAUUUCCUUUCCCCUUCCCAGGAAUAACAGUCACAAAUAAAGUGAUGCCCACUGUGUGUUUAUGAAGGGCUCAAAAAACAGGCAGGCUCAAGUGGAGCUGUUGACUAGCAAAUGGAGUAUGAAAUAAAGUUAUCUUUGUGGUUGUAGGCAUCUGACCUCGCAAGCUCUAAAUCCAGAUUGCGUUGAGAGGCUUGAUGACAGAUUCAUACUGAACAAGUGAAAAGUAGUAGGUAUUAAAUUAGCGUCGCAAUUUACACACUGGAAAUUAUCAGUAUUCUACAGGUGAUAAUACCAAUCUUGCUUUAACUAAACAUAGUGUAUUAUUCAGUCUGUUCAUAAAAGUUCUUAUUUUAACUUAAAAGGUGGUGAAAUUUAUUAUGGGCUGAAUUGUGUCUUUCAACACAUGUAUGGUAAGUCCUAUCCCCCAACCACUUCAAAAAAAAAAAAAAGACUAUUGGCCUAAAGAGAUCAUAGGGGUGAGAUCAAAUGGGUGGGUCUUAAUCCAAUAUGACUGACAUCCUUUUAAGUAGAAAACAGACAUGGACAGAAAGAAAACCACAUGACGUAAAGGGAAGAAAAUAGCAAGCCAAGAAAAAAGUUCUAUACAAAGCCUUGGUCUUGAUUUUCCAGCCUUCAGGACUGUUAGAAAGUCUUUGUUUUUAAGCAUUUGUUACUGCAGAGUUCAAUAACAAAUGCAAGGACUAUGGAAUCCACAGAAGUGAGGUAAUUUAUACAACUUGACAUCAUUAGAAUAAGCAUAUCUAGUGAAUCCUACUGUACAAUAAAAAUCUGUAUCUAGGGUCCUUCAUUUUGCCCUCUACCAUGUACGCACAGUACAUAGUUGAUAGUUCUAAAUGUGCAGGAAUGUUUUCACUUCAUAGGGAUACUGCUGUGUCAAAAGCUAAUGUGUUGAUCUGGUGGAAGCAAGUCUUUUGUUGGUUUUUGCUUUUUUGUCUGGUGUUAUAAAUUUAUUUCCUCCAUGACUGCAUACUUCAUUUGUCCUCUACAUAUGAACAGUUCCCUGGCGUCACCUGCCAUCUGAAUUACUAUGGAUACAUUUAUGAUUUGCGUAUCUGACUUCAGGGGUAGCUGUCCUACUUGUCUUUUCUGUUCCGUUUGUCAUGUGUAAGUUCUCACGCGCAGUUCUGUCAGAGAUUAGUUUGUAGGCUGGCAACUCUAAGUCAAUGUGAAAAAGACUGUGUGAAGAGCACGAGUAAAUGAAAUUCCUGCAUUCUUCUGCUAGAAAUUUCCCCAAAAGCUAACCCACUAUAUUAAUAAUAUUUAAUAUAAUGCUAUAAAAGUUCUCUAAAACAAACUACUUUGUCUCAGCAGGUAAUAAUCUUUGUUUGAACAUUUAGGACAAGCAGCAUUGGUUUAGAGAGAAUUAAAUUCAUAUGUAACUUAAAUACUUACAAAAUGUUCUUAAUUCAUGAUAAUGAAUGAGUGCAGUUUUGCUAACUUGCUAGUGAGGCACGGUGAAAGACAAAAUGGGGAGAAUUAUAUUAGUAUUGAAUUUGUUUAUUUAAGUCUAUGUUUAACUCCGUUCAUUACUUCUAAGUGUACAAAUUGUAUUUAGGUUGGUACAUGAAAACUUUGUUUUACAUGUACAAGUGCUUCUAAGAAACACUAAUUCAUAUCUUCAUGAUGUUACAUUCUGCAGAAUGGCCAAUAUAUUGAAAUACUGAAACAUUCCUAUUCUCUAGGUAGACCUGAUUUCUCACCUUUCUCUACUAUCAAUUGAUCUUUUGUUGAGGUAAUUGGACAUCUCAGUAGGCAUUAAUCUUUUUAUCCAUCUAUGUUCACCUGCAUCAUCAUAAACAGGGAUCAAUGAAUAGUAAUUAAAAUUAGAUCCACACAUUUAAACAGUCGAAGCUCUUGAAAACGUAAACCUUGGUGCACUUCUAAGGAGAAAUGCAGUGAAACACAUCAUUGUCACCCAGUCCAUUUGCAAAUAGCGAAAGCCCCAGCCCGUUGUUCCCUUUUCUUUUGAGAUGGCUAACUUUGGUAAAACUGUUCCAAAAGAAUAAUAACGAAAACUACACAGCAUGAGCUUCUUAGCUUUUAUAUGCACACUUGUUACAAUGGGCAUUAUUUACACCAGGAGGUGCAGAGUUCUGCAUUCCUGACGAGCCCCUAAUGGCCACACAGUUAGGAAACCCAUGAAAACCACUUUGAGUAGCAAGGAUCUAGAAUGCUUAAUCUAGAUAAUUCACAAAAUUCUUUCAUUUUACCUUAAAUCAAAAUCUAAUCCUUGACAUUUUCAUGAACACUUAUUGAGUACCUACUAUGAUAUUGACUAGAAGGACCAAGAGUAUGGCCUUCAGACCAACUACAUCAGCAUCACAUGGGAACUUACUAUAAAGGCAAACUGAAACCAGACAAGGUAUUCACAAACAUGCCUACCUACAUCGCCAGCAUGUCACAGGCUGGGGACACACAGCCACACCUUCACUCAGCAAGUGAGCAAAUUAGUGGCUAUGUACAAAUUUUUAAUUGCCUUAGUCUCAGGAGCAUAGCAUGGUUGGGCUAUUUCGUCAAUAAAUUCCACUAACUAUACAGUGAGCACCAAAAAACAAAACAAAACAAAACAAAACAAAAAAAGGGAGCAUGCCACUCAGCGUGACAUCUAAAACAACAUAAGAAAUACAGGCUUCCUGGGAAAGAUCAGGCCAGACUGUUUCAUAGAGUGUAAGCCUUCUGAAGAUGGUAGCGUGAAGUUUGUACUCUGAAGAGAUCACAAGGUGACUGAGUAUGAAGUGCGUGAGAACUUCUGUCCCUCUUGCUUCUCAACCUACUAAUGAAUAAAAUAAAUGCUAUCGUAG